AUGACUUCUAGUUUUUCAAGUAAUUUUUAUUAUGUUGAAAAUAAUAUGAAAAUACUUGAAGAGAAAGCUGCAGUUGAAGGAAGCGAAAAUAUAGAGGAGUUUGAUGAGACGAAUAUAUAUUUAAUGAGUUCUAUGGAUGAAUUGAUCUCAACUUUGACAAUUUUUGACACAAAUACUUGGAGGGAAGAUAAAAAAGAAAUAAAAAUUAAUAACCUAGGCAAAGAAAGCUGUGUUGUUAAGCUGCCAAAUUUCAAGAUAUUUUGUGCUAGUUCUGGAUCGAAUUAUAAGUAUGGGUUAGCCUGCGUUAUUGAUACAAAAAAUUGGACAUAUACUCUCUUACCUUCAAAAGAAUGAUAUCGAGAAACUGUUGGAGCAUAUUACAAAAACCAAAUUUAUGUAUUUGGAGGAAUUAAAGAUGAGGGUAGCAGCCACAGUUGUGUGCCACUUGCAUAUAAAUUUGAUUUACUGCAAAAGCAAUGGCGAGCUGUAUCUUCAUUGCCAAUUGGAUCAGAUAAAUGCUCGUGUAUUACUUUUAACAAAAAAAUUUUAAUUGUUGGGAAUCAGCAUCGGCACAUUUAUUCUUAUGAUGUGGAUUCUGAUUCUUAUUCAAUAAUUACAAAUUCUGAUAUGAAUAUUGGAAUUAACAAUUUUAAACUUUUAGUUUCUGCUAAAAAGAGAGUCUAUUUGAUGCAGGAAUGAGGAAUGAUGUAUGAAAGUGAAAUUCUAAAUGAGCAUUCUUGGGAAAAUAUAUUAGAAUGCUGGGAUUUUUAUAAUUGAUGGAACAUGUAUUAUGUUGUAAAUGAAAAUAUGAUUUAUAUUGGAUCAAAUCAGAUAUUCCUUACUCCCCCCGCCCUUCGUGAGUGAACAAAUCCAUUAGAAAAAUCGCUAUUUUUUGCCUAAAAACCCACCCUCCGUGAUUGAACAAAAAUUUUUUAUGGAAAAAAAUUUUGAUAUAUAAGUGAUAAUUAUUAUAAUGAAAUCUAGAGCUAAUUCUGUUUAAUUUUAAACAAAUUGCUUUUUAAAACAUAAAUUUUACAAAUUAAAUUAAUAUUUGCUGUCAAUUUUUGCGAAUUAGGAUUUUUUUUAAAUUUCGAAAAAAAAUAUUUUCUAUAAAAUUUAUAUAUUAAUGUUUUUAAAAAAAAAAAAUUAACCCCUCUCCGUGAGUGAACAAAAUUUUUUUGUUCACUAACGGAGGGGGGGGAGUUAAUAAUUAUUUUCAAUUUAAUUUGGAUACUAAAAAAUUGAAAAAAAUUGAGCUAGCUAAUGCAUAA